UCCUGCCCGGAGAAGCCACAGAGUUUCAUCGAACUCCAAGCUUGUGUUUCUGCCUCGACUUUUGUCAUCUUUUGCUUUUUUACAUUUAGUGGUUGUGGUGGUAAUUAAUCCACUCCGUUGUGAUGCGCAUUCCCGUAGAUCCCAGCGCCAGCCGGAGGUUCAGCCCGCCGUCCAACAGCCUCCAGUCGGUGCCGGGCAAGAUGACCGACGUGAGCUCGCCGGGAGCCGGGCAGCCCGACACGGCGGCGGCGGUGCCCCGACUCCGGGCUCAUGAGAACCGCAGCAUGGCCGAGAUCAUCGCGGACCACCCGGCCGAGCUGGUGCGCACCGACAGCCCCAACUUUCUGUGCUCGGUGCUGCCGUCACACUGGCGAUGCAACAAGACGCUGCCGGUCGCCUUCAAAGUGGUCGCCCUAGGAGACAUACCUGACGGCACGGUGGUCACGGUGAUGGCGGGAAAUGACGAGAACUACUCAGCUGAGCUGCGCAACGCCUCGGGCGUGAUGAAGAACCAGGUGGCGCGCUUCAACGACCUGCGCUUUGUGGGCCGCAGCGGCAGAGGCAAGAGCUUCACGCUGACAAUCACAGUAUUCACCAACCCGCCGCAAGUGGCCACUUACCACAGAGCCAUUAAGGUCACCGUGGACGGACCGCGGGAGCCCCGGCGGCAUCGCCAGAAGCUGGAGGACGCGCCCAAGUCGGGCCUCUUCUCAGACCGCCUCAGUGAGCUGGAGAGGAUGAGGGUGAGGGUGACGGUGCCCGCUCAGGCCGCGCGUCCCGCACUCGCCACGGCGGCCAACACGUUCAACCCGCAGGGACAGACGCAGAUUACCGACCCGCGUCAGUCCCAGUCCUCUCCUCCCUGGUCUUACGAACAGACGUAUCCGUCCUACCUGAGUCCCAUGGCGUCCCCCUCAGUCCACUCUACCACCCCCCUCUCUUCCAGCCGAGGCACCGGCCUGCCCGCCAUCAGCGACGUGCCUCGACGCUUGGCAGGGUCCUCAGACCUGAGUCCGUUCCCGGGUCAGUUUGAGCGGCAGUUCCCGGGCCUGUCGUCGCUGACGGAGAGUCGCUUCAGCAGCCCCCGCAUGCACUACCCGGCCACCUUCACCUACACGCCGCCCGUCACCUCGGCCAUGUCGCUGGGCGGCGCCCACUACCACACGUACCUUCCGCCGCCCUACCCGGGCUCCACCCAGAGCCAGAGCGGACCCUUCCAGACCAGCAGCACCCCCUACCUGUACUACGGCGCCUCGUCCGGCUCCUACCAGAUCUCCAUGGUGCCCGGAGGGGACCGCUCGCCGUCCCGCAUGGUGCCGCCGUGCACCAGUGCCUCCACGGGCACCUCGCUGGUCAACCCCAACCUGCCCGGCCAAACCGAGGGCGGGGUGGACGGGGACGGGAGCCACAGCAACUCCCCCACUGUCCUCAACCCGGGCGGCCGCAUGGACGAGGCCGUGUGGCGGCCAUACUGACGACAGCACGUGACUGAAAGGAGAUUUUUUUUCCAACAAACAAACUCCUGACUUGUGCGAACUCGUCUUUCUGGAAUGUCGGGAAGGAAAAAAGGCUCGCAGCAAACGAGCAACCAGCAGCUAACUCAGUAAGGGAAGCCUUUUAUUUUGUACCCAAAGCUUAUUUUGCAUGUUUUCGUAUGGGACAGACGCACUGAGAGGACAGUUAUUUAAAGUGUACAUUGCUUCCUGUUAACUUAUGAAGCCAUAACUUAUCUAUUUUCAAAACUUGAGUCUUUGCAACGAACUUCAAAAAGUGACCUAAUUUAAGACUUUUGUUCUUCCCAAAGAUGAGCGAGUCCAAGCUUGGAUAUUUAUUGAGCGCCACGUCGUCCUUCAGUUACUACGAUCCUCACACGCACACCUUGGACGCUACGUCCUGCAGACAAUCAGUGAAGUCACGAUAAAAGAGCUCAGGACCAAAAUACCCCAACACACACACACUUUUUUAUUGAUUUCCAAAAAAAGACGACUUUGUGAAAGUUUGUCAGAGUGUUUGACGCUCGCCUCGUCUUCCUUCCUUCUUGUCCUUAAUAAUUGACAAAGCACUUAUUCUCCAUCUCCUUUGGAACGUCACAUGACCUCAACCCGUUGCCUGAUUGGCUCAUAACUGUCAACGAAACCGGAGUUUGUGUCGUCCUCUGUGAUCAUGUUUGAUGUACCAAAUGUUCUUAAAUUUAGUAGCAUUUUGUACCAGUGAUUUCUUUUUUCAGGUGAAUUUCCAAAAAAGGUUGUUUGAUAUUCCAAAGAGUCUGAAUUUUGUAAGAAUCUCUACAAAAGGGGUGCAAUUAGUGAAAGAAAAAUCAACAAAUGAGGUUUCCUAAGUAGCAUUAUUAGCAAUCUUUGUGAAAUUCUCAAUAUAAUUCAAGUAUCAUUUUUGAGUGUGACCUCACUGCCAGCUUCUCCAUUUGUUAUUCCACAAAAUAUUGUUUGACUCAUUGUAGGAGGAUUUUCUACCAAAAUAAAUGCUGUCUAAUUUGGGGGGAAAAAAUAUUUUUGCUGGGUCAAAAAACUCAAUUAAAUCAAAUUGACUUUCUUCAAAUACUUUUGUCAAAUUUUGUUAAAAAAUUGUGUAGCUUUUCGAGGUACAGUACCUUGUUCCGAAAAGUCAGACAAAAGCCAAACAAUAUUUUCAUAUGAAAUUAUGUAAAUUUAAUGAAUUUGUUGGACACACUCACAAAAAAGAACACAUUUUAUAGAAAAUUACAUUUUUCUAUGCAGAAAACAAUGUGAAAUACAUAUCAAUCAUCAAUGAAAUAUAUCAAAAUAAACAUUUAACACAAUUUUGACCUUUAUUGAAGAUGGAAUGAGCAGAGAGAAGGGAUCCACAAGGAUCUUGUACUAAAAAUGAUUUCUUAAUUGUAAUAGUGUUUUUCACCUUCUUUACCAAAGUGCUGGCACUCACAACCUUUUGGGGCCUAAUAUUGGACAAUUUUGCAGUUGUACUCCAUUCAGGAUAAGCACAGACACUCUAUUACACUCAGCACUCCAUUUUGCAAAGUCAUAAACAGACGGCAGUAGUUUGUUUAAACGACAAGGCUGUACAAGAACUGAGACGGUGUACAAAAAGUGAAGUUUGACUGUACUUGAAAAGGUGGCCAUCUUUGUGCAAUGUUUUUCACUAGGACUAUAUUUCAUUUCUUACAUUUCCGUUACAAAUGUUUUUGUGAUUUCCUACUAAACUCAGAGAAAAAAAAAUGUUUUUGGGGUUUUUUGUUAACUGGGACCUCAAGUGGACAAUAUGUUUGCACUAGCAGCGCUACAAUCUUAAAAAAAGACCAGGAGGAAAACUUUUUAUACGUUUUUUCAAGUGGCUGUGUGACAUUUAAAAUAAGCAAAAUAUGUGAUUAAGCACUUAUGUACACACACACACGCAUACACACACACACAC